UGUUUGUCAGGAAGCAAGAACCGAGAGGGAGCUCUGUAAACGAAAUCAUUCCAUAGAUGGACCUCCGAUCGGAGAAAAUACAGCGAGUCAUAUCCAAGUACAAGUUCCACGAUGUUGCUCUGGAAGAGUUGGACAAGAUUGAGAGCACCUUUCCUGGGAUGAUCCCUACUGUAGGCAGAUAUACAUUCAACGAUGGCUCCCAGAAAGAGCUCCUCAAAUUGAAUGGCAACCUUCCAGUCAAGUAUGAAGGACGCUCCUACAACUUCCCCAUCCAGCUGUGGCUGAUGGACUCUUUCCCAGUCACUCCUCCCAUUUGCCUCCUAAGGCCCACAUCAGACAUGAUGAUCAGGGAAGGCAAACACGUGGACGCCCGAGGACGCAUCUAUCUGCCCAUGUUGCACAACUGGGAUCACCCCAAGUCAUCAGUAAUACAGCUUCUGGAGGAGAUGAUUUCCAAGUUUCAAGAGGAUCCCCCCCUGUCCUCUACCAUCACAGGACAGAAAGAUCCACAGGAGCUCCUGGCGUUUGUCAAUAAUCUCCGGAUCAAUGAAAGUACUGUCAGACACCACGAUCAGCUGGUCCACAAAGUCUCUGUUAUCGGAGGAGGGGAUUUAGGAAUGGCUGCAGUGAUGAGCAUUUUGGCAAAGUGUAAAGUUGAUAAACUUGUCUUCAUUGAUGUUGCUGAGAGUUCCACUAAGGGUGGCAGCACAGAUCUGGAGAUAUUCAGGCUGCCAAAGGUGGAAGUUUCCAGAGAUUUGUCUGCCUCCAGGGGGUCCAGGGUCAUCGUGGUGACCGCCAAUGCAUGGAGCGGCGAUCAGUCGUACGUAAGCGUGGUCCAAACAAACGUCGACUUGUUCAGAGGGAUCAUUCCAAAGUUGGCGCAUCUCAAUCCCAGCGCGAUCAUGAUCAUCGCUUCCCAGCCAAUGGACGUGAUGACCCACAUUGCAUGGAGACAGAGUGGCCUCCCGCCAACACAAGUCAUCGGGGCAGGCUGUAAUCUGGACUCUGAGCGUCUUGGUCACAUUCUGGAUAUUUCCUUGAAUACUCACAAACAAGCCUGGGUCAUUGGAGAGCACUCGGACAAUAAAGUCCCUGUCAUGAGUAACAAUGAGCCGGGCUCCAAAAACGGGCUGGAAAUCCCAGGAUCGGAGUCCACCAAACCACUGCUCAGCAGAGCCUUUGAUAUCAUGAAGAAUCGAGGUCAGCGUUCAUGGUCUGUCGGUUUAUCUAUUGCUGACAUCACAAACAGCAUCCUAACAGAUACGAAGAAAGUCCACUCCAUUACCACUCUUGCCCAGGGCUGGAGCGGCAUAGGAGCAGAGGUGUUCUUCAGCUUACCGUGCCUUCUGGGGUCGAGCGGGUCCAUGCGACUGGCUGGUGUGUCACUGGGGAAGGAGGAAGACUCUAAGCUGAAGGAGAGCAUCAGCUCGCUCACGAACCUCAUGAGUCAGCUGAGAAUAUGAAGGAUAGUGAUUGCAUUGUAUUUCAGUGAAAUCAUUGAUCAGUCGGGGGAGUGGCUUGUUACUUGUUGGCCUCCAAUCACAAAUUUGUACAAAUUCUAUAUUUAUACGAAACCCGCGGAAAUAUUUUGUGACAGAAAUUGUCAUUUGUUACAUUUUACAUUAAGCUAUGCAUAUUUACAGUGACGGCAAAAACACUUAUUUCUGCUUAGAAUCAUUUUCAAGGAAUUAUAAGUUUGAUGUGAUUUUUUUCCCAACCUCAUAAACGUGGCAAUGGGGCAAGAAGUCAUUGGGUGAAGUGCAACCAAGGUAUUUCAGUUUUGUUUUGUUUUUAAAUUAUUGAACAGAACAUGCUCUUUGCACAGCUGGGCCAUAAAAAGGACAUGUACAUGUUUGUGGGAGUGCAAUAAACCAAAUAAUCACCCAGGUGCCUGAGUGACGAGGUAUAAAACAUGCACAA